AUGACCACCAAGAAGGCAGAUGUCCAACGGAGGAUCGUCUCCAAGAAUGGACACAACCAAGUGCGCAUUGACAACGUGGAGGGCAUGGUGAAGCUCUACCUCCACGACAUCUGGACCACGGUGGUGGACAUGAAGUGGCGCUAUAAGCUCACCCUGUUCUCCUCCACCUUCAUAAUGACCUGGUUCCUCUUCGGCGUCAUCUUCUACUUUAUCGGCAUGGGCAACGGUGACUUCGAGGGUGAGCUGCUGUCCAACCACACUCCCUGUGUCAUGAAUGUCAAGACCCUAACCGGCGCCUUCCUCUUUUCCCUGGAGUCGCAGACCACCAUUGGCUAUGGUUUCCGCUACAUCACCGACGAGUGUCCGCUGGCCAUCUUCUUCCUGCUGGUCCAGCUGGUCACCACGGGUCUGGCUGAGAUCUUCGUGACCGGGGCCUUCCUGGCCAAGCUGGCACGACCCAAAAAGCGGGCAGAGACCAUCAAGUUCAGCCAGUCGGCAGUGAUCUGCCGCUGCGAUGGUAAGCUAUGUCUGAUGGUACGUGUGGCCAACUUGAGGAAGAGCCUGCUGAUCCAGUGCCAGCUGAUGGGCAAGCUGCUCUCACCCAACGUGACUGAGGAGGGCGAGAAAACUCUGAUCCACCAGACGGCUGUGGACUUCUACAUAGACUCAUGCAGGGAGUGCCCCUUCCUAAUCCUGCCCCUCACAUUCUACCACGUGCUGGAUGACAGCAGCCCACUGGCGGGGAUGACUGCCGAGAGGUUACGGACACAUGACUUUGAGCUGCUGGUCACCCUUAAUGCUACCAUGGAGUCCACGGCAGCCACGUGUCAAAGCCACACCUCAUAUGUUCCCCAGGAGAUCCUGUGGGACUACGAGUUCAAGCCUGUGCUCUUCAGCACCCCGGGUGGCCGGUACAUGGCCGACUUUAACUUCUUUGACAAGGUGCAGGUGAGCAGCGACCCUACACUCCUCAGCAACAACAAAGAGAAGCUGAAACUGGAGGAGUACAAGAAGGAAUAA